AUGCCCGUGUGGCGGCCUUUGCGCUUGGCUUCAUUGCGCUUCGUAAAGCGCGCCCGCGAGUGGAUCACCUGCGGCUUCUUGAUCACAAAACCAUCCUUCACAAGCUUCCUGAUGUUCUGGCGCGAGUUGGCCAGGGCGAUUUCGUUCGACUCGUUCGGGUCGAGCCAGAUCUUGCGCUUGCCGCACUUGAGCACGGACGCAGCCAGACUGACAGAGAGAGAGAGAAAGGAGAGAUUCAAGAAGGGAGUAUGUCAACAACCUGUACUGGUACAUAUAUCGUUUAAAGAUGUGGGAGCUGGGAGCUCGAAUCAACGUACCGCUUCUGGAGUUUGA